CCUUUUAGAUUAGGGCGAUAGAAGCAAAGCCAAAGCAGACCGAAGUCAUGUCCGGAGGAAUCGCACGUGGUCGACUCACAGAGGAACGAAAAGCGUGGCGUAAGAACCAUCCCCAUGCUUUUGUUGCCAAGCCGGAGACUUCUUCAGAUGGAACAAAUAACCUAAUGGUUUGGCAGUGUAUCAUUCCUGGCAAAUCUGCGACUGAUUGGGAAGGUGGGUUUUAUCCACUGACCCUCAAUUUCUCGGAGGACUACCCAAGCAAACCUCCAAAGUGCAAGUUUCCUCCAGGCUUCUUUCAUCCUAAUGUCUAUCCUUCUGGAACAGUUUGCCUCUCAAUUCUCAAUGAAGAUUAUGGAUGGAGACCAGCCAUCACUGUGAAGCAAAUCUUGGUUGGUAUUCAGGACUUGCUUGAUGAACCAAACCCAAAUGACCCUGCACAGACUGAAGGAUACCAGCUCUUUGUCCAGGAUAAGAGUGAAUACAAGAAAAGGGUGAGACAGCAGGCGAAACAGUACCCACCAACUAUUUGAUAUUUUGCAUUGCCUCAAGCGAACUCUGGUUUAUUUGAACGAUUCUCUUACUCUACUUUGUAAGACUCAUUGAGAAGAACAUGUCACUCUUACAUUUUCAGUAAUAAACAAACACAUUUUUGUUUUGAAAAAAAACAAAACAAACACAAUUUAAUACACAUCUUACUGAUU